AAAUGAAAUGAAAUAGUGAAAAGCAAAGUGCAAAACAAAAAAAAAAUAGAAUCGAAACGACCGAAACGAAAAAAAAUCUAUAGAAUCUUCUGUUUACUUUACUAUAAAAAAAAAAUAGAGAGACAAACGAAAAACACUUUUUUCCUAUAUUUCUGUUGAAAAGAAACAUCUCUAUAUUCUCAUUGAAACUGUUCGUUUUUUUUUUUGAUCGUAUUCUGGAUUGGAUCAUCAUUACAUCAUAAAAUACUGUUUCUGUUCUUUGACGUUAACAAACCAAUUAAUCGUUCAAUUAAUAAUGAUUCCAUUACGUUGUUGUGUUAAAAAAUAUGAAUGGGGUAAACGUGGUAUGGAUAGUUGUAUUGCACGUUAUCUACGUAAUCAGAUGCCUUCAUAUACGGUUGAUGAUGAUACACCUUUUGCUGAGCUAUGGAUGGGAACUCAUCCAUCUGGACCUUCAGUAGUUGUUGGUACAACACCGGAUCAAAAUAAUAUAACCUUGUUACAUUUUCUUAGUAAUUAUCCGGAAUAUGCCGGCAAUGUUCGUAUUGUAACAAAAUAUGGUAAAAAUCUUCCAUUUUUAUUCAAAGUAUUAUCCGUACGAAAAGCAUUAUCGAUUCAGGCACAUCCUGAUAAAGCAUUAGCUGAAAAACUUCAUCAUGAUGAUCCAUUUCAUUAUCCGGAUGCUAAUCAUAAACCAGAAUUGGCAAUAGCAUUAACUGAAUUUGAAGCAUUAUGUGGUUUCCGUCCGCAUGAAGAAAUUGAAUUUUUUCUGAACAAUGUUCCCGAAUUUAAAAAUGUUAUCGAUUCAGCGGCAUUGAAAAGUUUUCUGGAAAAUAAUGAUAAAAAACAAGGUCUUAAAGAUAUGUUUACAUCGAUGAUGAAUUCAAGUGAAAAUAUUAUACGUGAAAAUUUAACAUCAUUACAGGCACGUUGGUAUUGGUCAAAUCAUACAGAAAGUGAUCAACGUUUAGAAACAAUACGUAAAAUAUUUAUCAAAUUGAACAAAGAAUUUCCCAAUGAUAUUGGCUGUUUCAGUGUUUUCUGGUUUAAUUAUAUAAUUUUACAACCUGGUGAUGCUAUUUAUAUCGGUGAAGAUGAACCACAUGCUUAUUUUCGUGGUGAUUGUAUUGAAUGUAUGGCUUGUUCGGAUAAUGUUGUACGUGCUGGUCUAACACCAAAAUUCAAAGAUGUUAAAACAUUAUGCAGUAUGUUAUCAUAUAAUAGUCGUGCACCAAAAGAACAAUAUUGUCAACCAAUGGUAGUGGAUAAAUUUACCAAAUCAUAUAUUGUACCUGUACCGGAAUAUGUUGUCGAUGCAAUCGAAAUUGGCCAAGAACAUAUUUCACCAACAUUUGAAUAUCGUUUGGAUGCAAAAGAAAGUGGUAGUGUUGUUGUUGUUAUACGUGGUGAAGCCAAAGUACAAGAUCAGAAAAUAUUUUCCGGUUAUGUUGGUUUUAUACCGGCACAAACAAAAUUGACUAUUUCUGAUGUUAAAAGUCCAUUAUUAAUUUAUCGUGCUUAUUGUCGUCUUGAUGAUGAUGAUCAAUGAAAUCAUCCAUGAAUGGUCCAUUAUUCUAAAUCCUAACAACAAAAAAUCUUUAAUUUUUAAUCCAAAUUAGGAAUUAUUUCUAUAGGUAGGUAGGUGUUUGCUGUCUGCAUUGUGCAUUUUUAAUUUUUCAAAAAUUAUUAUUAUUAUUCAAAUUUGAAAACAAAACAUCACAGUUUUUAUUAUUAAUUACUAUUAAUUAUGAAUGAAACAAAGAAACAAAGAAAAUUUUUUUUUCAACAACACAAAAUGAAAAAAAUAACCCGAAUGUAAUGAUGAUUAAGAUUAUUAGAUGAUUGUUUUUGUUUGUUUGUUUUUUUCGCUUAUUAAAUUUGAAUCAAAAUUAAAAAUAUUGAUGAUUAUCGUGUCCAAGA